CGGAAAGGACGUGGCAACAAAGCAACCAAGGGAGAAGUGGUAAUGAUUCUUUGAGAAAUACUUAAUUAUUUGAGAAAGAGUUAACCUCUUCGUCUUGGGAGACACCAUGGGCUUGUGCAAGUGCCCUAAGAAGAAGGUAACAAACCUGUUCUGCUUUAAACACCGUGUCAACGUGUGUGAGCACUGUCUAGUGUCUAAUCACAACAAGUGUAUUGUACAGUCAUACCUACAGUGGCUACAAGACAGUGAUUACAACCCCAACUGCAGUCUGUGCAUCCAACCCUUAGAUUCCCAGGAUACUGUUCGACUAGUUUGUUAUGAUUUGUUCCACUGGUCUUGUCUGAAUGAGUUGGCCUCUCAUCAACCUCUCAACACGGCACCGGAUGGAUACCAGUGCCCAACAUGCCAGGGUCCUGUGUUUCCACCCCGAAACCUGGCUAGUCCUGUUGCUGACAUGCUCAGAGAACAGCUGUCCUCUGUGAACUGGGCUAGAGCAGGAUUAGGUCUUCCACUGAUUGAAGACCCUCAAGAGGAGGAAACUACGACACAUAGUGGUUCUUCUUACUCUGAAUGGUCAACUUUUGAGACUACUUCAGUGGAUAUCACGAUGUCAAACCCCACACUCACCAGUCUACCACCCCAUCAGGAUGUGGAGCACAUCUAUAAUAAUAGAGAACAGAGUGCCCCAAAUAACACUGUGUUCAAUAUGACCACCACCUCUGCCACAGACUCAAUCACCAUUAACACAGUUACUUCCCCAAGGAAGCUGUAUGACACACGUGAUUUAGGACACAGUGCAGUCAUGCAGAUUGAUUUUGAUGAUGAUAAAUACCGCAGACGGCCUGCACUUAGCUGGUUUGCACAGGUGCUAAAGAAUUGUACUAGCUCUAAGAAAAAGACACUCGCACUGAAACAUCGAAUCUUCUUGUUGCUGCUGGUUGGAGUGAUCGGUUUCUUCACCCUCAUCAUCAUCAUGGCCAAACUGGGUCGGGCCUCUGCUGAAACAGAUCCAAAUCUGGAUCCUUUGUUGAAUCCCAACAUCAGGAUAGGCAAUAUGUGACCGAUCUACCCCAGCUAAAAUUCAUGGAUUGAUAUUACUGAUAUUGGGGGAGUUUCCUCAAACACCAUGCUCUGGAUGACAUGCACCCAUUCUGUGCCAGGCCGCACACCACACGUCAGCUUAUUGAUGAAGAGGAGAGAUUGAUGAAGCCAAUUAUGAUAUAGGAAUGGUUAGGAAGCCAUGUUGGACAGAAGCUGGUGGGUACAUUUAGCCAAGAUGCUGGGACAGAAAAAUUUUCUUUUUUAAAUGAUAAAUUUAAUUUAAGAAAAGUUAUGCAACCAAGAGAAUGUCUUUUCCCAGAAUAGACUCUUUUUCACAAUGACGUCACUUCCGCCUUUCCACAACACAGUUUAUUCAUAGUUCAGUUUUUAUCUUUGAAUGGGAUACUUCUCUGGAAAAUUCACAACAAAUUUAAGAUAUUAAAAUUAACUUAUUGGGCAUUGUCCAAAUGUUUCUUUUUCAAUACUGAACUGCUUUCUGAGUUUGAAAAUUAUUAUGUUUCCUCAAGUUAUUAAGAAUAGGAGUAACUUAUUGUUUAUUAGGAAAAGUAUAUAUUUACAAGCUUUUCAUCAUUAAAUCAGUCCAUUUCCUCAAUACUGAAUUUAU